AUGGCGUUAUUACAAGCAAUUUUAGAAGAAAAUAAAAUUCGAAAGAACAGGAUCUUUAGGGAUAGGCUAAAUCCAUUGGAUGCGUAUGACGACGCGGAAAUUCUUUCCCGCUAUCGAAUGACAAGACAUUGUUUGAUGGAUGUCAUUGACAUUGUAAGAAAGGAUGUGUCACAUGAGACAAAAAGAUCUCAUGCCCUUACGCCUGAGGAACAAACUUUUGCUGCUUUGAGGUAUUAUGCAACUGGUUCUUUCCAGCAAGUGGUUGGGGACAUUUUAGGACUCAGUCAACCCAGCGUUUCCAGAGCAGUGAAGAAUGUUUCCAAUGCACUGGCUAGUUUUGCGGGACAAGUUAUUCAAUUCCCGACGGAUUGCCGAAAACUUCAAACUGUUAAAGAAGGUUUUAUGCCAUUGGAGAAAUUUGGAUUUCCAAAU